AUGAAGAAGUUGCUGCAAGCUAUCCUCGCAGUUGACGAGUCUGAAGAGGAUAGAGAAACGUUUGAUGGAGUUCUUGGUAAUUUUGACAAGAAAUUGUUGCAACCCAAACGACGUCGAGAAUCAGCUAGGCAGUACCAGAAUCAAACUGAAAAGGCUAGAAGCAAGUACAAUCAGGCAUUGAAGGAUCAAUAUGGCCCAGUAGACCACAAUGUUUCAGAAUUCUUAUCAAAACAUAACAUUCAAGCGCCAAACCCACAAAAGUGCGGUUCUGGCGAAAUUUUGAAGAUCCGAUAUGGGCCACCCAAUGCAGAAAAAACUGAACCCACAUUAAGACUUUUGCUAGGAUCUCGAACAAAGAGCAGGAUUUUUGUUUCAAAUGUGACAGUUGCCUAUGUCAAACAUUAUCUUGGUAAAGGAUUCGUUGAAAAAUGCAUUGCUUAUGGAGAAAGGUGUUCUUCUAGGGGUAUUAAUCAACCCUCAUUCUUUGUUCCACUGGGAGAUAGCAACUUAGAUGUUGCCCCGAACCACUGUCUUCUCAAAUAA